UUAGAGGCAUUUUAAUUUCUCUAGCCUUUGAAGCUACACCAGUUUUCAGUUUAUUUACUUUAGCUGGUGUCCUUGCUCUAGUAUUGCUACAUUCCUUGACAAUGUCUGUAAAAGAUCAAUUUCGAGAGAUCCUAUCGAGCAAGGAAGGACAAAAGCUCAUUCUUGAUGAAUUUCCCUAUUAUGACUUUACCACACUACUCGUUAAGUUCAAAGCACUAGACAAGGAAGAAGCGGAUCGGUUGAAAUAUGAACACAAAUCAGACAGCAAGGAGCUACUGCUAGCUGUUGUGAGAAGAAUAGUUGAAAAGGAUGAAUUAGCAGCGUACAAUGUCUUCAGCCAAAUCGUACAGUUCAAGAAUACUCAUGUCUGGCAGCUGCUGUUUCCAUUUAGACCUCAACACUCUAAACUUCAAGUCACGAAAAAAACUGCUCCUCCAGCUGCUGCUCAAAAUUCUCCUCACGUAUUAUGGCUGUGUGGUAAUAAAGAAAUAUUUGAUCAAGUGAGAGAAAUUGCCGGAGUACCCGAUGGCAAAAAUAAUCAAAAAACACCAAGUGGACACUUCAUCUAUGUUGAACUUCAUCCUCUUGUUGAAGGAGGGAAGGACUUCCCUGUCUGGGUGUUUUGUCCAGUAGAUAACUCACUUGAGUCCCUAGCACUAAAACUAAUGCAGUAUUACAGCAAAUCAAAAUACUUUAUAUUCACUGGAACAGGCAAACCAGUCAACCAUCAUCCAAGAGUACAAGAGACUGAUAUUUGCAUUUCACGACCUAAAGAGUCCUCCCCGUUGGGUUUUAUUGAAGAACUCUGUCAUAUGAAUGCUUUGUGGGGCCUUGAUGUCCAGUCCAGUAAACCAUGGGGUUGUUCUAAAAUAGUUUUUGGUAGCGUUGGUAGUUCUGUUGCUGCUGGGUCUGAUGUGAUUAGUAGUCCAUCAGUUACUUUCACUAAUGCUGGAGAGGCUCUGGUUAGAAGUGGUAAACCAACCCCCUAUGCUUCUAUACUAUCUGUUAAUAGUGUUGAUGGAUCAUAUUGUUCACAAUGUGGGCAGCUCAACAUGCAGCAUUGUGUAAAGUACUCACUACAUGUCAUCAAGUAUCUCUGUAACAAGAGUGUACUCUUUAAAUCAAUGGACCACUGACAUACAGAUAGACACUGUAUGCAUAUACUGACUGUAACAAAAUGCACUAAUUCUUCAAUGUCAGCUGUUCUAUUUAACAUUUUGUGUAUUGUGAGAUUAUUACUAAUAUUAUUAUUUAAUAAAAAGUGAAUGUGUUAACUAUUACAACUAGA